UUUACUGUAGAGACCGCGGUGCUCACAAAACGCUGUGCAGACCCCCCAUUGAAGAAGCUAGCCAGCCCCCCCUUCCCGGCGUAAGGAAAUGAAGAGGAGGCUACAUAAGAAAUACUUGAUUUUGAUCCUGGCAUAUUCAGGUCUACUUCUGCUAAUCCCGUACGUGUUAGAUUACCGGGAUAAAUCUCUUCAACGCGCCAGACAGGGACUGCCGCAGCAACAAGCCAGAUGCCCAGAUUUGGAGAACACGGUGGCCCUUCUCUGGGAUAACGGUUACAAACAAAACGGCAGCGAGGCGACUGAGCACGCAGUCAACCGGAGUCAGACUCGGAUACACAUCUACCUGCACGCCACCUGGAGGACUGGCUCCUCGUUUUUGGGGGAGCUGUUCAACCAGCACCCCGAUGUUUUUUACCUGUACGAGCCAAUGUGGCACAUAUGGCAGGCUCUGUACCCGGGGGAUGCGGGCAGUCUCCAGGGCGCAGUGCGUGACAUGAUGAACGCCCUGUACCGCUGCGACUUCUCUGUCCUCAAACUUUAUGCCGGCUCGCAAAACAUCAGCACUUCGUUCAUAUUCGGCUGGAAAAUGAACAAGGUCAUAUGUUCGGAGCCGCUGUGUGAUGCGCACAAGCGACACGAAAUAGGACUGGUGAAGGAGGACCAGUGCGCAAAGUGCCAGAAGCGGGACAUUAGGGAGCUGGAGAAGGAGUGUAAAAAAUACCCGGUGAUGGUGAUCAAAGGAGUCCGUGUUUUGGACAUGAGCACGCUGGUUCCUCUGAUGAAAGACCCCGCGAUCAACCUCCAGAUCAUUCAGCUCUUCAGAGACCCGAGGGCCGUGCACAACUCCCGCCUGAAGUCCAAACAGGCCCUGGUGAAGGAGAGCAUCCAGGUGCUGAGGAGUAAGAAGCAGACCGACAAGUACAAGCGGCUGCUGGUGCCGAGCAACAGGGUGAACCGGGCUGAGAGUUACGUCUCCAGCGCGAUGGAGCUCAUCUGUGACAACUGGCUCAGUGACAUGAUGCUGGUGAUGAACGCGCCUCCCUGGUUGAGGAGGAACUACGUCCACACCCGCUACGAGGACCUGGUCCUGCAACCCAUGCAGGAGCUUCAGAGGCUCUACCGCUUCGCCAACCUCUCCACCUUCCCUGCCCUGGAGAGGUUUGCGCUGAACAUGACACACGGUCAGGGGUAUUCAUCAGACAAGCCGUUCUUGAUCUCAUCUAGGGAUGCAAAAGAGGCUAUCUAUGCCUGGAGGGAGCGACUCAAUGUAGAGCAGGUGAAUCAGGUGGAGGCCUAUUGCAGCGAAGUCAUGAGGCAUCUGGGGUAUGAGAAAAACAGCAAGGACAAAACCACAUGAGGAUGUGCCACCGGGAAUAGAUUGGUUAAGGGGCCUGAUAUUCAAGGCUGAGGGCAAAAGGUGGAAUAACAAAACAAGCAGCUGGAAUGUGGUCUGCCGAGAGCUCGCAAGCAGCACUACUGGGUUGUUUUCCUUCUGCUGAAUCGGGUCAGUGAACUGGAGAAAAUCCCAAGUGGAAAGAACAGCCAAUCACAGACAGAUUCAUUUGAAACGGGGAGGCAGCCGCUUAUUUUUACAGUGUUACCUGUUUAACACCAGCGGAAAGAGAAAAUGUGGAAGAGGAAACAAUCAAGAAGACAGAGAUGAGGCUGGUGUGUGCUGCCGUUACUCUGGCCUGCUUCUAUCCUUCUGUCCUUUUUAGUAGCACUAAUCCCCCUCGCAAAUCCCCUGCAGGCGAGGACCAUAAAAAGCCAGAGAUGGGUCCUUCUUGGGAGAUGAGUGCCAGAAUCCACGGGGGGCAGCGUCGGGUUCGCUCUCACCUGCGUGACUUAUCCGUCCAGCCUAUGAGUAAGUGAGGCAGUAAUUUUGAGCAUUACUGGCAUUUAACAGCAGUUGGCUCACUAACAAUGCCAAUCUAGAUGCUUUGAAAGAAGAAACUACAGUAUUUUCUGGAAAAGAGGCCUAACAGAGGAACUAUUGUUCCUCCCCCGGCCCCUCAGGAAUCCACACAGCUGCGGCGCCCCACUGACAAAACACUCGCAUUGGUGUGACAUUUUCUAAUAUCCCACAGACGUGUCUUGGAGAGCUGCCUCUGUCCUCUUCCAGUGAACUUUUUAAGCAGGUUCUCACAAACACAACAGACGGUACUGAAUGAUAUUGUGCUCCAUUCUUAACUGUUUUUAGUUUUUGUCUAAAAUACUGUAAAAUGCUGCGACACCCCUCUGGUUAAGAAUGUGUUGAGAUGGGGUACGAAGUUUACCAGCAUCCACGUGUUCAACUUUAGAAGUUGGUUUUGUAAUGAUUGUUCUGGGUGAAAUACCUGAAAAAGUUAAUAAAGAAAUAAUUUUAAGACUAUUUAAACUGACUUCAAGAAAAACUGGA